UAGGAGACCACGGGGGAACCAGUGCGCACGCGUACAGCCUAGGCCCGGCUGAUGCAACCUCCGGCGGGCGGGCUGGGUCCGCCGAGAGUAAGGAAGCCGACAGGGAACGGCCGGAGACCAAUCAGGGGCCGCACGCCGGAGUGGGGAAAGGCCCUCCCGCCGAGGCUGUGCGAGUGACGUUGGGCGACGCGGGGCUGGUGGCGUAGCCAGCCGCCCUCCUUCGUCUCGUCCUCUCGCCUGGGGGUGUCCUGCUCCGCGCUGGCCCCGCAGCCAUUUUGGGCUUCGCUUCCACCCGCGUCCUCUUGCCCAGCCCUUCCGGGGUCGCGCUGCCGAGGGGCUUUUUAACGGUCCGUCUCUUCUGGACAGUCGCUGCCGUCGCCGCGGGAGGGCUCUAUCUAUGGUGGAGAGGCCUCGGGCGGACUAGGACACCUUCUUCCCGCCAGGAUGAAUGUCGUCUCGGCCGCUACGUCCUGCGCCUGCCGUUCCGGACUGUGGUCUGCCGCCCGCGGCGGAAGCCGCUUCCCGCUGUGGUUCUUCUGCUGGCCCGGGGAUCGGCCUGGGGCCCCGACUCCGGCCAAGACUGUUUAGGCCGCUCCGAAUCCCGUCCGACCUUCAGCCCUGAGAAGACUGCCAAGAACAAGGAGAUGGAGCCGGCAGCAGACGGGUCUCGGCCACGGCCAGCCUCUCGGCCGGCCUCCCGGAUCCGGCUGCCCUUCUUCUUCCCUCGACGCCCGCAGCCCGGCACCUCCAAGUUGCCCACGCCUCCUGCCCCGGAACACUCCGGGGACCCCAGACUUGCUGCUUCCCCCCAGCCUCGGACCAGCUACUGGGUGAAGCUGCUUUCCCAGCUCUUCGCGCCACUCCCCAGCCUGCUUCAGAAGCUGCUGGUUUGGGGCCAGCUUUUCGGAGAGAUGGUUCCGACCAGAUGGCUAGAUUUUGCUGGAGGGUCCAGCGCCCUGAGGGCCCUGAAGGCUCGGGAGGACCCAGCCGCGCCCCCCGCGCAGAAAUCUUUGAGUUCGCUGCGGCUCGACCCCUCGGACGACUCUGGUGCCAGCCCCCUCAAUUGGCUGGAGGAGGGGAUCCACUGGCAGUGCUCGUCUUUAGAUCUGACAUCGGAACUCAAAGCCAAGGCUGGAGCCCUGGACCCCGCGGCACACGCUUUUCUGUUAGAGCACCAGCUGUGGGGAGUGGAGCUGUUGCCGAGUGGCCUUCAAGGCCAUCUUUGCUCGGACCGGGAACUUGGCUCUUUGCCCUCCGGGCCUCCAAACGUUAAGCGUGUAAGCAGUUUCAGCGUGGUCUCCUAUUUGUUGAACCCCUCCUAUCUGGACUCCCUGCCCCGGGUGGGGCUCGGCUAUCAGAGCGGCGUGGGAAGUGGCGAGCUAGUUGAUUUCCAGACCCUCAGCCCCGAGAGCAGCUGUGUGACUGAGGCCCAUGACCCUCCCCAGCCACUGAAGGCAGAGAUCACUUGCGCUUCCUGGCGGGGAUGUCCGCCCCUUUCUAGAGAGGGCCUGCCCGAAAUCCACCAUCUUCGCAUGAAACGGCUGGAAUUCCUCCAGCAGGCCAGCAAGGGGCAAGCGUUACCCAGCCCAGACCAAGAUCAUGGCUACCACAGUCUGGAGGAGGAGCACAGCUUGCUCCGGAUGGAUGCGCAACCCGGCGGAGACAGUCCCACACAGUGUGUUCCCUCUGCUGGAGCCGUUCCCGGAACCGCCCAGAAACCGGGAACCGAGGAGGAAGUCGCGUUGGUGACCACAGAGGACCCGCUUGCUGUGGAGAAACCGGGGCCUUCAGAAGGCUGUCCAUGUCGUGAGGUACCGGUGGAAAAGGAGCUUGGCGAGGACCAAAUAAGUGUAGUUGACUCCUCGGACCUAGAGGAUGACAUUCCCUUAUCCUCGAGACCAGCCUGUAGCAACAGGUUGAUAGAUUACAUUUUGGGAGGCGCGUCCAGUGACCCGGAAACAAGUUCCGAUUCCGAAGGUGAGGGUUGGGAUGAGGAGGCUGAGGAUGAUGGUUUUGAUAGUGAUAGCUCAUUCUCAGAAUCAGACCUUGAACAAGACUCUGAAGGGCUUCAGCUUUGGAACUCUUUCUAUAGCGUAGAUCCGUAUAAUCCCCAAAACUUUACGGCAACAAUUCAGACUGCUGCCAGAAUUGUUCCUGGAGCCCCUUCUGACUCCGAGAAGGAUUUGUCUGACAAGUCUGAUCUAGAGGAUUCUCCCCAGACCGGAAGCCUUCCCGAGUCUCCUGACCAGAAUUCUGGGGAGGAAGAGGACUGGGAAUCUAGUGCAGAUGAAGCAGAGAAUCUCAAACUGUGGAAUUCUUUCUGUAAUUCCGAUGACCCCUACAACCUUUUAAAUUUUAAGGCUCCUUUUCAAACAUCAGGGAAAAUUUGGAAAGGCUGUUGCGACCCAGAGAGGCCGUCUGAGCCCGCUGCGGCCAUUUCGGAGUAUCACACCUUACUUUCUUGUGAGGUGCACCUGUUAGGGAGCCGAGAAACCGAAGGUCCAGACUUGGGACAGGGUGGGGUUCUUUCUGGACAAAGACAGACGUGUAUCAAGAGGAAAAAGGUAACCUUCCUUGAAGAAGUUACUGAGUAUUAUAUAAGUGGUGAUGAGGACCGCAAAGGACCAUGGGAAGAAUUUGCACGGGAUGGGUGCAGGUUCCAGAAACGAAUUCAAGAAACAGAAGAUGCUAUUGGAUAUUGCUUGACAGUUGAGCACAGAGAAAGAAUGUUCAAUAGACUCCAGGAAACAUGCUUCAAGGGACUUACUGCUUUCGAGCAAUGUUAAGAUGGUUUGACAGCCUCUAACUCGAGCAUACACUACCUCUUAUUUGAGAGGUUUCUUUUAAAAACAAAAUUUGGCAGCUGUCCUUUUUUUUUAGAGGAUAUGCAACUUGGACCCAGUGACCUAGUCUAAUUUUUUUUUUUUUUUUUUUUUUGCAACCAAUCCCACUCAGAAAUGUCCAGGUUUGAAGCCGAGCCCUGGUAAUGAAGGAUGAGAUGAUGUGGUUUCUAAUCCUCCCUUUUUUGACUUAGUUGGAUGUGUUUUUGAAUGUUCUGUGCUUGCCAAGGUGAAAUAGGGGACCGUUUAAGGUGUAAUUUUGCAUUUCCAAAACUUAUUUUCUUGGGAAACAAUAUUUAUAGGGUGCAAAGCCCAUUUGCCAUUCUAAUUUAAAUUAUGUUUACCUGUCUGAAAACGCUGGGCUCUUCCUCCCUGACAUUCUAAAAUUAAGAGGCUUUUAUGUUCUCUCUCUCUAUUUUUAUCUCAGUGAUGUGGCCCUUCUAACUUAAAAGCUGAGAAAAUAAUCUUGUGUAUGCUACCAGCUUAAAUAUCUUGUGUCAACUUUUUUUUCCCUCUACUAAAAAUGACUCUGGUUGAAAGUUGUGUGGUGGGUCAUUGUUUCUAGGUGAAGUUCUACCUAAGACACUUUCAGGAACCGCCACAAAACUUCCAUGUGUAGGACUCUUCUGGUGUUUGGGAAAAUUGCAUCUUUCUGCCAAAUUGUAAUGUCUAACACAUUUAACUUCUGUGCAGACCGUCUCGGAGAGGGUUCUGUACAUGUUACUGUCGUUCCCAAUUCAAUGGUUCUUUGCAUGUUGCAACAGGUAGAAAUUGUUGUAAAAGACUCUGGAAAGCAAUGAUUGCGUCAUAGGCAUUUAUUUUUUAAAUUGAAAAGCCAAGAAUUGUCCUAGGAAGGAGCUAGGAGACCUCUCAGAGCAAUUUGGUUCUGUUGUGUAUGCUCUCAACAGAAAACCAGUGUUAUUAAUCUCACGUCUCAGCACCGUCACUUUUAAAACCUGUCAGGGGGACACUGUAAACUUGGAAAUGGGCAGUUCUGAAUUUUCCAGUUUGCAACAUAAAAUACAGACUUCAGUCAAUAUCUAAGUUUAUUGUGUUCUGUUACUGAGAGAAGUAAGACAAGGCCUGUACUUCCAGGAUUGGUACUAUAGACUUAACUCGAAAGUCUUCAUAUUUUUAGCCCAAAGUUCACUUUUGAAUUGAAGUUUUUGCAGUGACUGAUUGUCCUUGGUUUGCUUGGUUAGCUCUACAUGGUGCACAUCUGUUAGGCCGAGGUAAUGUUGAUCUCCUCCUAUUGGUCCCUCUUUACCCCACGUGCCUCCUGUCGCAGGUGAUGGAACACAUGAGUAGACAGGUGACCUCUUCAGUUUCAACUUGUUUCAGCGUGGAAACAAAUUGUUCAUCAGAAGUGCUGGCAGAGUUACUACCUCAGUUUAUAACCUACCUGGUCAUUACUUCCAUCCAGUCUGCUCUAAGCAUUGCCUCCAGUGAUAACAUACAUACUCACAGGUGAAUACACGGCGAGUACGCCAUCAUCAAAGCCGGUCCCAUUUUUGCAGAGCCCUUACCCCCCGGGCGCUGUGCGCCUCCACUUGAGGCCACUGUAGGGGCUGCACUUGCAGAGUCCUGCCGGAGCGCAGUGGAAACAGGCUGGUUUCAAGCACCGCUGUGUCAGAUGGAAAGAAGGCACCAUUUGCCUUGAACAAAGCUUAUUGAAAGCGUCUAGACGUUCUUUUAAAACCAGCCUGCAGCCUACUGGUUAUUUCACAGGCUCCGCCUGAAAUCUUGCACCUCUCGCUCAUGUGAAAAUAAUGGCAUAGCUUGACACGUAUUGGAUUUUGGAACCUUGUUCCCUGGGGAUUCCGACCUCACUACCGAAUGAGUAAAAGCUUGGGGAAGAGUUCUCCCACUUACCACCCUCCUUUAAAAGAAGCGAUCAGACAGUGAUGAAAAGGACAGAAGGGGCUAUUUUUAAGUGGGGCUGAAGGAGAAAAAAAUUCUUGUCAUUUCAUCCCAAUCCCAGUUGUUAGAACAAAGUCAAACCUGGAAGCUGUCACUGAACAUUGUGCACGUUUAAAGUCUUGCAAUGGUGCUUUAAGUAUCAAUGUAGCAUGUGAAAGGCUUUGUACAGACAGGUAAAAUUUCCUUUUCUGAGUGUUUGAAAUGUGAUAACAGCGCCUCUUCAUCUUUAACUUGAAAUCAAAACUGUCAGAUUUUAUUUUUUUAUAAUUUAAGGAAGGUGAAUUUAGGGGACGAGGAGACUCUAAAUUGGCUUCUACAGAUGCAGUGAUUUAAAUGUAACCAGUUUGUUGGGAUUUUAUAGCUAAAAUUAUAUUUGUGUAUAUAACUUUAACUAAUCUGUAAAUUGUAAUAAAUAUAUUUGCAAUUAUUAGAUGUUA